AUGCGCCGCGUUCGUCGUUCAGCCCGCGAGCUCCGCCAUGGCUUGCUGUCCGCCGGGCGGGAGAGAGAGCGGGCGGGGGCAGGAUUUGCAUCAUUUUUGUAUUUUAAUCAUUUAGCAGGUCGCGGCGGCGGCGGCGGCGACGGUGGCGGCGAGUGCGGCGCCGGGCCGGCAGUGAGUCGCGACCGGCCGCAGCGCGCACCGCCCGCACUUGCGACCUCAUGUCGCUGUUCUUCAAGUUCCGGAGCGGUG